AUGACAAAGAAUUGUAGUAAUAGUAAUACAAAGAAUAAUUCUUAUUUGUUUGAAACAAUCAAUGAUGAAUCUAUACUUGAUCGUGAAUUCAAAGAAUCAGAACAUCUAAUGGAUACAGUUAUGAAACUUUUGAAUAAAGUAAACAAGAAACAUUUUCCUACAAAUAUUAGAACUGAUAUAAAUAAUAAAACUACUACCAACAAAAAAGAAUAA